AUCUUGAAACCAUUCAAUCAAAUCUUUAUAUAUACAAAUAAUAAUAAUGAAGAAACAAAAAUGUAUCCAAACACAAACCAAGAUGAAUCCUUUUGAAUUAUUGUCAGAAGAAAUAAUUUUCACAAUCUUGGAUUACUUAAAACCAAACCCAAAUGAUCAAAAAUCAUUUUCUUUAGUAUCAAAAUCAUUUUACACAAUUGAAUCACGCCAUAGAAAAACACUCAAACCAUUUCCAAGAACCACAAACAAUGAUCAUCAACAUAACAAACAACAAUUCAAAAAGAUUCUAAAAAGAUACCCAUUUGUAACACAUAUAGAUCUGUCUUUAUGUCCUCGAAUAACCGAUGAAUAUUUGUCGAUUUUAUCGGCUUCUUGUGGUCAAGUUUUGAACUUUAUUGAUCUUUCUAGGUCUAAGUUCUAUACCCAUUUAGGAUUAUCAAGUUUGGUAUCAAAUUGUGUGAAUUUGGUUGAGAUUGAUUUGUCAAAUGGUGUACAUUUGACUGAUAAUGCUGCAGCUGCAGUUGCAAAUUGCUCAAAUUUGGAAAGAUUGUGUUUGGCUAGGUGUAAAGGGUUAAGUGAUAUUGGAAUUGGAUGUAUUGCAGUUGGAUGUUUGAAUUUAAAGGUUUUGAAUUUAAAAUGGUGUUUGGGUGUUAGUGAUUUAGGUGUUGCUUUGAUUGGUGUUAAGUGUAAGCAGAUUAAAAGCUUGGAUCUUUCUCAUUUGCUGAUCACGGAAAAAUGCUUGCCUUCACUUCUGAAGUUGCAAUAUCUCGAAGAAUUGGUUUUAGAAGGAUGUUGUGGAAUCAACGAUGAAAGUCUUGUAUCCCUCAAACAAGGGUGGAGGUCACUGAAGACUUUGAAUAUGUCAUAUUGUGAGUAUGUUACUCAUGUGGGAUUGUCUUCGGUAACAAGCAGUACCAGUUGUCUUCAGAACCUUAACCUAGCAUACGGACCACUAGUAACUCUUGCCAUUUCUGAAAGUCUUCAGAAGCUUUCACAGUUGCAGUCAAUCCGGUUAGAUGGUUCCCAGGUUACGUGUUCGGGACUUAAGGGGAUUGGAAGCUCCUGUGUUUUGCUCAAGGAGCUGAGCUUAAGUAAGUGCUUGGGCGUGACUGAUGAUGGUUUGUCAUCUAUUGUCACGAAACACACGGACUUGAAAAGGCUAGACAUCACAUGUUGCCGAAGGAUAACUCAAGCUUCAAUUGCUUGCAUCACAAAAUCAUGUGCGUCUCUUGUUUCUCUCAAGAUGGAGUCAUGCACCCUGGUUCCUUCCGAAGCUUUUGUUUUGAUUGGGCAACAGUGUCUUCUACUUGAGGAGCUUGAUGUUACCGACAAUGACAUCGACGACGAAGGGCUAAAAUCAAUUUCAAGAUGUUCUGAACUCUCUGUUCUGAAGCUUGGGAUAUGUCUGAAUAUAACUGAUGAAGGUCUUAUUUUUAUCGGAAAAGGAUGCCCAAAACUUAAAGAGCUCGAUUUAUACAGAUCAAUUGGAAUUACAGAUAAGGGCAUUUCUGCAGUUGCUCAUGGUUGCAGUACCCUUGAAAUGAUCAACGUUUCUUACUGUGAAAACAUCACCGAUAGCUCUUUAUUCUCGGUGUCAAAUUGUUCAAAGUUGAACACUCUUGAAAGCCGAGGAUGCCUUCGUAUUACAUCUUUAGGGCUAAAAGCCAUUGCCAUUAGAUGCAAGCAACUCACAAAGCUAGACAUUAAGAAAUGCAAAAAUGUAAAUGACUCGGGAAUGAUUCCACUUGCUCAUUUUUCACAAAACCUCAGACAGAUUAAUCUGUCAUAUACCUCCGUGACGGAUGUUGGGUUGUUAUACCUUGCUAGCCUAGGCUGUUUGCAAAGUAUGACAAUUCUUCACAUGGAGGGUAUAACCCCAAGUGGACUUUCAGCUACAUUGUUGGGAUGUGGAGGACUGACAAAAGUGAAGCUCCAAUCGUUGUUUAGAACCUUGUUACCAAGAUUAGUUCUUGAGCACUUAGAAGCUCGUGGUUGUGUUUUCCAAUGGAGAGAUAAAGUAUUUCAGGCUGAAUUAGAUCCAAAAUGUUGGAAGCUACAAGCUGAAGAUGUUGAAUAGGUGUAGUUUUCAUUUUAUGGCUUCCAUCUUCGCUCAAUACUUCAAAGAAGUUUCUUGAGAUUCCUAAAACCCUUCAAGGCGUGAUCACUACGAUCACUCCCACUGUGUUUAUGAUCUAACACGCAGUGAACUAUUAGUUAGUGUGGCCUCCUGUACCAUAUUAUUAGAAUAAAGCACGGUGUGAUCAACAGUAAGGAUUUCUAGACCAUGUUUGUUUUCCUUUGUUAUGUUGUCGCCUUUCUGAUGCUCGAAAUCUUGGAACUUUUCCAUGACGACAACUCAAUACUUGUACAUAUUUGACAAACAUGUAGUGUUUAGUGUUCUUACAGUUACUUUGUUUAAUGAAGUGCAUUGUUCACAGAA